GCUUUUUCUCCUUGAUCCAUAUACAAGCGCAACAAUGGCAGACAGCAAGGAAGUCGGCAAACCAGACCAAAUCUUUACAUCGGCGGAUCGGAUACGCCAAUUGAACGAAGUGGACAAGGACGUGGCAAGACUAAUUCACUCCGCUGGCCUCGCAAUACAAGCCCUCACCAACGCCAGAUCAAGCGACUCGACAGGAGAUAACUCCCUCGAUUCCCACAAAGUUCGGUUUAAAGAAGCUACGUCGCAGUACUUUGCUCUCCUAUCGUCUAUCGACGUGCGAUUACGCCGUCAGGUCUAUGCUUUAGAAGAGGCUUCUAUACUUGCUCCGGAUUCGUCCUCCAGGACAGGCGAUCUACCUGGCGCAAGCGGGGGAGCUGCGGCAGCGGCGAACCCGUUGGAUGUCAGUUGGCUUAACAGCCGAAAGGAUACUGUAGGCAAGGAUAAGGAGGCAGAGCUUUGGGCGGCUGCAAGAGGAUUUGUCGAGCAGAUUAGCAAUCCUGGGGUGAAGGCUGAGAAUAAUCGUGAGGGAAUGGAAGUUGAUUGAGCAUUCAUUUCGCACGCACCCCACUUCGAAGGGAACCGGCAACCCCCAAACAUUGGGUAGAGUUGCUCCAAUAUGUUGGUCGAUCUUUGUCGCCUUCAUUGUAUGCACCACGGUCCAUCCUACGGGUAAUUCCUGGUGUCGCCCUUACUUCUUUUUUUACUGUCUUGCCCAAGGCCCACAACGAGCCUUGGCAUUUAUGAUACCCAAAGCUACUGAAUCAGAUAUUCUGUCGAGUUUCGUUUCAAAGCCCUUGCGCAGGGAUCCAAAAUAGGUUCUGCGGUAUAAUUU